CUGGAUUCCCAGCAUUGUGUACGAGGAGGUGAAAUGGAGGAGAGCCACACAAAUGGUGUGGAGCUCUCAGCCCGCGAGGCUAUGUCACUGAGACGCACAUCGCCGAGCAAAUCGCCGCCAGUGACAAAACUUUGUGAGGAAGCCAGCACUCGGAUUAAUUUUUUUGAUAAGAGUUUACAAUGUGCUCAUUGAAUCAUUGCGUGAUGUGCCUCACCAAUCCUGUCCCCGAGACCUUUGUAAAAGGUCCUUCGCUGCUGUUAUCACCCUCCUCCCUCCCUCGGCUCUUUGACAGUUCCGUAAUUAAAGCCUCUUAUCAGUGAGGACUGAGGCUUUAAAAACUGGGGGCUGCGUGUGGAGAGACGCCAAAGCCAGAGACUCGACCCUCGCCUCUCUUUCCACGCUCGAUCGCUCACUCGCUCAGACUCACUCAGAUCCCACACAAUGCAGAAGGUUGUGCUGGUGCUGGCCUUGGGAGUGUUGCUGUCCGAGCUCCGGCCUGGGGCAGAGGGACGGAGUCCUGGCUUCGGGCUCAAGCUGUGUGGUCGAGAGUUCCUCCGCGCAGUUAUCUUUACCUGCGGAGGAUCCAGAUGGAAAAGGAGCGGGGAAAAGCUGGAAGGAGAUGGCUUGGAGUGGACCGGGGAGGAUGAGGGGGUGGAGGGCUGGGAGAUAAACCCUGACGAUCAGCUCAGCCGGUCUCGCAGGAGCAUCUUGGAGGACGCGUUGGAGGCCUUGAGGAGCAAAGGGAGGAAGGGCAGGGAUGUCAUGAUCGGGCUGUCCAACGCCUGCUGUAAAUGGGGCUGCACCAAGAGCGAGAUCAGUUCCAUGUGCUAGAGACCAGCCUUUUGCUUUCUCUCCCCCCUUCCCCCCUCUCAAACCCCUCCGCCCCCUUCCCCCACUAGACCCUCCACCCCCUCUCCCCGCACUGAAAGCCCAGGUCUGCCUCUCCCGCUCCCCGGGCAGACCCUGACCUCUCGCCCAGGAAUCUCCACAGAUUCAUUCCCAUUUUCGAUGACCUCUUUCCCCGCCCGCCAUUUCCCCCCCCCCA